AUGUUCUUCCUUGCGGGAAGGAGCUCCCCAGAAGAGGACCUACAUCUGGUGCCUGAGCAGUACCUACCUACCUUGGUAGCCACGGCCGACUGCAGCAAGACCAGCGGCUACCCCAACUGGAACGCCUGGGUGGGCAGUGCCGUUUCUCCCCACGCCGUGUCUGCUAAGCCGAACUCCAGGGAGGACCAGGUGUGCGUGGAAGGCACCGGGCCGCUUCCUGGGUUCGCGAGACUCUGUGAGUUCACCUGUGGCUAUGGAUACUGCACGCCGGGAGCCUGUCACUGCACUAAGCUCGGCGACCAGGUUGACAGACCAACGUGGGAGGGCAUCGAUGCUUUCCCUGCGGCCGGGAAGACCAGCGACUACCAGGGUCUCUGUCAGAACGCAUGCAACUGGGGCUACUGCCCUUCUGUGUACUGCGAUACUACACAGCAUCCAACCGUCGUCGCCACCUUCUCCCCGUUCCUGCCCGGAACCUGCACUCGAGGCGAGGCUAUGAGCACGUCUCCUUACUUUGACGACCUCUGCGCCUUCUCGUGCGCUCACGGGUUCUGUCCCAUCGCUGUGUGCUACUGCUCUGCCCAAGGCGCCUUGGACCUGCUGGAACCCACAAGCGCCAGCGGUGCGAGAACCGUCGAUGGAGCGCCCGAAGACCAUGGUCUCUGCGCCUUCGCCUGUGCCCGUGGACACUGUCCUUGA